AUGUCACACUUCUAUCUCCUUAUGAAGCCAUUAUUCUUUAAUAUGCCGUCGCAAAAUGUCUUGAUCGAACUUUCGUAUGAUGAUUCGACUUCGGCUGACGCAUCGGAGUCAGCCGAAUAUGUGAAAUCAAGAUCCGUCUUUCUUGGAUGGACAGGACUACAGAGCCGACAGAGAUCUCACCCAUCAGAGGAACAACAAAGGUUGGGGAGAGAAAGAAACCGCCCCAAUGCUAGAGAACCAUCUUGGGUGGACAUUGAUGCCGCAUUCGCUCAGACCUUGGGGAUUCCUGAAGGACAAGAGAUCACUAUUACAUUGCAUUUGGAAAGUCCAUCGGCUAGCACCAUCAAUAUCGAGCCUCUUACGCCGGAGGACUGGGAGAUUAUCGAGCUUCACGCCAGCUUCUUGGAGUUUAACCUGAUCAGACAAGUACGCGCUUUGCCUAACCCAGGUUACCAUCGCUCCGAUGAUGUACGCCAUUCAGACCAUCCAAUCACUCUCCAUCUGACCCCCACAACAACAGCAAAUAUCAAGGUCGUUUCUCUUCAACCCGAAACAGACUCACCAUAUGUUAAGCUGGACCCCAAUGCAGAAGUCAUUAUUGCACCAAAAUCGAGACAGAGGCCUUCUCGUAGUCACUCACGAGUAGGCAGCAAUAACAGAGCUCGUGCAGCCCCUGAAAUCAAGCUAUUUCUCAGAGGAAUUGACAGAGCACGCCGUCCAGAUUUGUUCAAUCGCCAGCAAGAUGUGAAUGAGGGAUUAAAGGUCUGGGUUGACAGCGAUACGCGACGCACCGCACUCUCGAAAGGAAUCAGUUGGGUAUCCGUGUCGAUCCUCCAUCACCCAACAUUCCAGGCCAAGGUGAAUCCCCGACAUGGCCAAGACGGUGCGGAUGGAUCGACCUUGCCUUGGGUUUCUCCGAAAGUCGUAGCCAAGCUGGAGGAAUGGCAAGAUGCUCCAGACAACCGGCACGCUGCUUUAUCCUCGUCACUCUGUGUAGCGUUGGUUUCCGAGGGCAUGGUUGGAGUGCCCAUCAAGAUUGAGGCUGCCCCUGCAAAACAGGCUUUAGUUGCUCAAAAUGUUCAUGUUUACCCAUUCAUAGGUAGCGCGCGGGAAUCGACAGGUGCUCUCAAACUUGGGCCUACCGCGAAGCAAGGCCGACAAGAAGCUGGAAAAUCGAUUCUCAACAUGUACAAGCAACCCAGUGCCUUCCGGGGUCUUCUGGACGGCCCUGUCACGGAUGGCAUGAUCUUAGGUCGUAUGUCCACCAUCGAAGUCGAAGAGCCAAUUCCCUCGCCAAUUUCGAAUUCCAACAACGAUCCCUUGGAUGAAUCAGUUCCAGUUCUUGCUGGUGUCGAGGACAUCGUCACAGACGUCAAGUCACACUUGGUGCAAGAGUCUUCAGUAUUACUCAUAGGAGGCCCCGGCGCAGGAAAAAGCUCCGUCAGCUUAUUGAUUGGGCAUCAGUUGAGAUCUGAGCAAUUGUUUCACAGCAUAUACAUUUCUUGCCAAGAGAUGUCAGCACAUGAAGAGCGCAUUGCUACUAUCAGAGACACUAUUGAACAAUCCUUCCUCCAAGCAGCCCUGAGUACAAGACUGGGCGGCCGUGCUCUGGCAAUAUUGGACGAUGUCGACAAGCUAUGCCCUGCUGAGACUGAACUUGUGGUUGGAGGCGAUAAUGCUCGCUCGAAGCAGAUGAGUGAGGUGAUUGCUUCAGUCAUAAAACGACACUCUGCGCUGGGCGGUGGGGUGGUGGUACUCGCGACUGCGCAGACGAAAGAAUCCCUGCACAAUGUCAUCAUUGGAAACCACGUGUUCCGCGAAACCCUUCCUUUGGAUGUCUCAAACAAGGUGUGUAGGAGGAAGAUCCUGGAGGCGGUGAUACAACAAGGCACAGGUGCAGAAAAUGAAGAAGGUGAAGAAGAAAGGGAGGGCCUCAUCAUUAGUCGUCCAGAAAAGUCUGACGGUGCCCAACCAGAGACCUCCAGUGGAUCAUGGAUGGACGUUUUCGGGUCUACAGAGGCAGUUCCAGUAGCUAAUGCUGCCACUUCACGCAUUUUCAAACCCGACGUAGACUUUGCGGAUCUUACGAAUCUCACGGAAAGCUACAUGCCCCGAGAUCUUGUUCUGCUCGUAGAACGAGCAAAGUAUGUUGCUUUGGCCCGCUUCAUAUCACACAACCCGGAGGAUGGCAGCAAGAUGAGUGUCCCUCUCACGAGAGAACAUUUCGAGGAAGCCCAGAAGGGAUUUACACCAGUCGCGUUACGAAACAUGUCUCUUGGGACUUCAACUACGACAUUUGACUCUAUUGGCGGCAUGACGGAAACCCGCAGAGUUCUUUUGGAGACUAUCGAAUACCCGACACGCUACGCACCUAUCUUCGCGCAAUGCCCGCUUCGACUACGUUCUGGUCUCCUUCUCUACGGAUACCCAGGAUGUGGAAAGACUCUGCUAGCUAGCGCUGUUGCUGGUGAGUGCGGAUUGAACUUCAUCUCCGUCAAAGGCCCGGAGAUUCUCAAUAAAUAUAUCGGUGCAUCUGAGAAGUCUAUUCGGGAUCUAUUUGAGCGAGCGACUGCCUCAAAGCCCUGCGUUCUUUUUUUCGAUGAAUUUGAUUCGAUUGCACCGAAGCGUGGAAGCGACUCAACUGGGGUGACGGACCGUGUCGUCAACCAAUUGUUGACUCAGAUGGAUGGUGUCGAGGGCUUGUCUGGCGUUUAUGUCCUCGCUGCAACGUCCAGACCCGAUCUUAUUGAUCCUGCGCUGCUCCGGCCAGGCCGCCUCGAUAAGUCGCUCUUGUGUGAUUUGCCGCACCUGGACGAUAGAAUUGAUAUUCUGCGGUGUCUUUUGAAGAAGCUAAAGCUUGACGAGGACCUCCAAGGAGAGCUUGACAAAAGGCUGAGGGACGUCGCGUCGAGGACCCAAGACUAUUCAGGAGCCGACUUGCAGGCCCUUAUCUCCAAUGCACAGCUUGAAGCCAUUCAUGAGUACCUAGGAGACAAAUAUACCGGGGUUAGCUCAGCAGAGACGAAUGGAAAGACGCGAGUCCAAGACUCUCGAAAGCCUAGUAUUGUACAGUUCUGGUACGGUGCAGAACAAGACCGGCUGCGCUCUGAUGCCAACUCUAGCGACCGGCGCACGCAGCUUAGGAAACUCGCCGAGUAUGAAGAAACGGUUAUGAAGCUACGUUCCAAGGGCAAGUCAAGCCGACGAGGAGUCCAGAGCGAAGGAGAUCAGAAAUCAGACGACACAGUGUCACAUAAGCCGGAGGUCCUACUUGCUUGGAGGCAUUUAGAGAGGAGCUUGCGUGUUUCACGGGCUAGCAUCAAAUCUGAUGAGAAACAGCGAUUGAGUUUAGUCUAUGAUGAGUUUGUUGGUGGAAGGUCUGCUGAGCUACGGAAUGGUCAAGGAGGAACAGCUGUUGGCAGUAGGGGAACCUUGAUGUAA